GCCGCCGCCGCCGCCGCCUCUGAUUGGACAGAGAACACCAUGUGCCCGCCUUCGGUGGGCGGAGCCACCUUCCUGAUCGUGGCCUACAGCACGGUGAUUGCCGUGGGGCUGCUGGGCAACGCGGGCCUGGUGUUCAUCAUCGCCAGGCAACAGGAGCUGCGCAACGUCACCAACAUCCUGAUCGCCAACCUGUCGUGCUCGGACAUCCUCAUGUGUCUGGUGUGCCUGCCCGUCACGGUCAUCUACACCCUCAUGGACCACUGGGUGCUGGGCGAGGCCCUGUGCAAGGUGACCCCCUUCGUCCAGUGCAUGUCGGUGACCGUGUCCAUCUUCUCCAUGGUGCUCAUCUCCCUGGAGCGCCACCAGCUGAUCCUGCACCCCACCGGGUGGUCCCCGGCCGCAGGCCACUCCUACCUGGCCGUGGGCCUCACCUGGCUGGUGGCCUGCUUCAUCUCCCUGCCCUUCCUCUCCUUCAACAUCCUCACCGACUCCCCACUGCACAACGCCAGUCUGCCCACCAACCCCUUCAGGGACCACCUGAUCUGCAUGGAGCUGUGGCCCACCGAGAAACACCGUCUGGCCUACACCACAUCCCUACUCCUCUUCCAGUACUGCCUCCCCCUGCUCCUGGUGCUCUACUGCUACCUCCGCAUCUUCCUGCGCCUCCGACGACGCAGGGACACGAUGGAGCGCAGCCGGAAGACCCAGGGGGCGCGGCGCAUCAACGCCAUGCUGGCCGCCAUCGUGGCCGCCUUCGCGCUGUGCUGGCUGCCGCUGACGGUCUUCAACACGCUGUUCGACUGGAACCACCAGGCGCUGCCCGCCUGCCAGCACGACGCCGUCUUCUCCGCCUGCCACCUGACCGCCAUGGCGUCCACGUGCGUCAACCCCGUGGUCUACGGCUUCCUCAACAGCAACUUCCAGAAGGAGCUGAAGAGCACGCUGCAGCGCUGCCAGUGUGCGCAGCGGCGCGCCGUGCCGGAGAGUUACGAGAGCUUCCCGCUGUCCACGGUGGGCAGCGAGUGUCCGACCAAGGGCACCUCGCUGCACCGGAUGGGCUCGGUGCUCAGCUCCCUGCCGCGGCACGAGACCACACCCCCCGCCACCAGCGGCGGCAACGGGGGGGGCCGCAGCGACGACUAG